AUGGCAGAAGAGUGGGGGAAACAGGUGUUUGCUGCCAGGCGGUACAAUGAAGAUACGACAAGGGGAUCUGCCUUUGUAUAUACAAACAGCAAUCAUACCAGAGAUCCCUUUGAGGGUCCCAAUUACCACAUUGCUCCUCGAUGGGUUUACAACGUGGCAACCCUCUGGAUGUUUUUUGUGGUCGUCGCGUCAGUCUUCACAAAUGGUCUUGUCUUGGUGGCCACAGCUAAGUACAAGAAACUCCGUCACCCACUGAACUGGAUCUUGGUCAAUCUUGCAAUCGCUGAUCUUGGAGAAACAGUUUUUGCCAGCACCAUCAGUGUAUGCAACCAGUUUUUUGGUUACUUCAUUCUGGGACACCCGAUGUGCAUCUUUGAGGGCUAUACUGUCUCAGUGUGUGGAAUUGCUGCUCUCUGGUCCCUGUCCAUCAUCUCCUGGGAGAGAUGGGUAGUUGUGUGCAAACCUUUUGGAAACGUCAAGUUUGAUGCCAAAUGGGCCAUGGGUGGAAUUAUGUUCUCCUGGAUCUGGGCAGCAGUGUGGUGUGCUCCCCCAAUCUUUGGCUGGAGCAGGUACUGGCCUCAUGGACUGAAGACUUCCUGUGGACCUGAUGUAUUUAGUGGAAGUGAAGACCCUGGAGUCCAGUCCUACAUGAUUGUUCUUAUGGUUACAUGUUGUUUCCUUCCCCUGUCUGUUAUCAUCUUGUGCUACAUGGCCGUCUGGUGGGCAAUCCAUUCUGUUGCGAUUCAGCAGAAGGAGUCAGAGUCAACCCAGAAAGCUGAGAAAGAAGUGUCCAGAAUGGUCGUUGUCAUGAUCGUGGCAUAUUGUGUCUGCUGGGGACCUUAUACAGGCUUUGCCUGCUUUGCUGCGGCCAACCCUGGAUAUGCCUUCCACCCUCUGGCUGCUGCCAUGCCUGCAUACUUUGCUAAGAGCGCCACCAUUUACAACCCUGUCAUCUAUGUAUUCAUGAACCGACAGUUCCGCACAUGCAUCAUGCAACUCUUUGGCAAAGAAGUGGAGGAUGCUUCUGAAGUAUCCUCAUCAAAGACAGAAGUCUCAUCUGUGGCCCCUGCAUAA